AUGGCACUGAAUAAAGAUUGGAUGGACCUAGUAGAUGAUGAUAGACUUGAUCCAAAAUAUAAAGAAGGGGUUGAUAAGUUUUUAGACUAUGCAUAUGAGAAGCUGUUGGAUAGUUUUAUUAAAAAGGAUGAAGACUUUGAAAUUCGAUGUUCAUGUGUUAAAUGCAGCAAUGUGAAGUCUGGUAAUCGUGAGUCGGUAAAGACCCACUUGAUUGUUCAUGGAAUUAUUAAAAACUACAGAUUUUGGUGUCAUCACGGCGAAAGACAAGGUGAGUCCAUUUCAGAGUUUGAUGAAGAACAAGAAGAAAUAACAGAAGAAAGCCAGAGUGACGAUGAAAUGCAAGAAAUGAUUGGAGAUUUAUUUCAUAAUUCAAAUGGUGUUGUUGCACCUGAUGCCACGUCGAGUCAGGAUAUUCUUGAGCAGGAACCAGAUGAACAUGCAAAACAAUUCUACAGUCUUUUAGGUGACUCCAAGAAACCUUUGUAUGAAGGCUCUAAAUAUUCAAAGUUAUCUGCUUUAGUAAAACUUCUUCACAUAAAGAGCCUAAAUAGGUGGAGUAAUAAAUCAUUCUCAAUGUUGCUCCAGUUUUUGAAUGAGGAGCUAUUGCCAGGGGAAUCAACACUGCCUAAUUCGUAUGACGAGGCCAAAAAAUUAAUCCGAGACCUUGGCCUAUCAUAUGAAAAAAUUGAUUCGUGUCCAUUCUCUUGCAUGCUGUUUUGGAAAAGUGAAGAAGGUCUUGAUACGUGUCAGAGAUGUGGUGUUUUUAGAUGGAAACUUGAUAAACAUGGAAAAGAGAUCAAGCGAAAGGCAAAUGGUAAAAAAAUACCACAAAAGACAUUGCGAUAUUUUCCUCUUAAGCCACGAUUGCAAAGGCUUUACAUGUCUUCGAAGACAGCUUCUGAUAUGAGAUGGCACCAUGAAAGACAAGUUGAGGACGGAAUGAUGAGGCAUCCAGCUAACUCUAAGGCUUGGAAAAACUUUAAUGAGCUACAUGAAGCUUUGCCGAAGAGCCCCGAAAUGUUAGGCUCGGUCUUGCAAGUGAUGGUUUUCAGCCUUUCACAAAUUCAAAAGUUUCUUAUAGCAUAUGGCCUGUUUUACUUGUACCAUAUAACUUACCACCAUGGAUGUGCAUGA